AUGAAGUUUGUACCGAUUCGCGAAUUUGAUAGCGUCAACUCUGCCCUUAACUUCUCGACCCCAGAUUUGCACGUCCUCGGAGGCUGCGAUUUAUACACCACCAAAGCCGCAGGUGGCGACAAGAAGCUAUACAAGAAUAUUGAAAAUGGACUGGAACAACAGUACAAGUCCAAUCUACAAUUCUCGAACUCUCUAUCGCCCCCGCAAGCACAUCUCAUGGCCUCGAGCCUAAAUUUGAGUAGGAGUAGCCCUUUUGGAAAUAUGGGAAUGAUCAGCUCCAGAAGAACAUACGCAUACCUCAUCGCCACACUCAAUGCCAGUCACCCAGAUUACGACUUUUCACAUGUCCUUCGGCCGACCGAUUUCAAACGGGAGAAGAGCCUACGAGCCGUAAUGAACAACCUUGAUACUACUUUAUACAAUUUACGGCCGCGAGCUUUCAAUCCAUUGUUUAAUGGAGUUGGUGGGACGGUUGAGUCAAACGGGCCCCCAUCCAGUCAGACUUUGUGGGGUCCGGGGAUGUGGAGAUUGAUAGACAACUCGAUGAGCCUCCGGGAAUGCAGCAUCUACCGAUAUGCUCCGGAAGAUUAUGAUCCUUUCGAAGAUGAUGAUGAAGGGUCGAUCUGGUCAAUGAACUACUUCUUCUUCAACAAGACCAGGAAACGAGUCUGCUAUCUCUACCUUCGCGGCGUCAGUAUCCUGUCGGUUGGUGCCAACGAUGGCCUUCGGACUCCCGUUAGAUCUAAGAGAUUUGCUGAGGACGAAUCCGAUGGCUGGCUCACGCCCGAUAUGGGUGCACGCAAAAGAGCAAAAUACUGGCUUGGUGAUCGCGAGGGAGUCCAGGUCAUCGAUCAUGAUGACGUCGAGAUGAUCUCGGUAGAGAAUCCAUCUGGGGAAGUCAUUCAAGAACUGAAAAGUGACGAGGAACAUUUCUCUCCUCCAUCGCGGCCUGUGGUCGAUGAGAACGAUAACUACGUUCUCAGUGAUGAAGAGGUAAGGAGUGCUCGAAGUGUCAGCAAGAGUACUGCUAGGGGCAUGAGCGAGGAGAUUGUUGGUCCGAUUGAGGUCUGA